UCCGGUCAGCGUUCUUCCGCUUCCGCUCCCAUCAUCCUGUGCGCGCAGCUGGCAUGGCGUCUUACUGCUAAGGAAGGCGACGGUCUCCGUGGAAGCGGUUUCGGGCAGCGGCAGUUCGUGUGAAACUGGCCAGAGGACAUUGCAUUUCUGAAAUUGAAGUUGGACGACUAAGACAAAUAUGAGCACUCAAUAUAGUAUACUUUUCAAGCAAGAACAUGCUCAUGAUGAUGCCAUCUGGUCGACAGCAUGGAUGAAAAGCAAGAUAGACAACUCUGAGACAAUUGUCACUGGUUCCCUGGAUGACAUGGUCAAAGUCUGGAAAUGGUCCGAUGAGAAGCUGGAGCUCCAGUGGACACUGGAAGGCCACCAGCUAGGGGUGGUGUCCGUGGACAUCAGCCAGAACGGAGCCAUCGCAGCUUCCAGCUCCCUGGAUGCACACAUUCGGUUAUGGGAGCUAGAUACAGGAAAGCAGAUCAAAUCCAUGGAUGCUGGCCCAGUCGAUGCGUGGACCGUAGCUUUCUCCCCUGACUCCAAAUACAUCGCAACGGGAAGUCACUUGGGGAAGGUCAACAUCUUCGGCGUUGACAGUGGGAAGAAGGAGUACUCGCUGGAUACCAGAGGGAAAUUCAUCCUGAGCAUAGCCUAUAGCCCUGAUGGGAAAUACUUAGCCAGCGGUGCCAUUGAUGGGAUCAUUAAUAUCUUCGAUAUUGCGACAGGAAAGCUGCUCCACACACUGGAAGGUCACGCCAUGCCCAUCCGUUCGCUCACGUUCUCGCCUGACUCCCAGCUGCUGGUGACUGCUUCGGACGACGGCUACAUCAAGAUCUACGACGUGCAGCACGCCAACCUGGCGGGAACGCUGAGCGGACAUGGUUCCUGGGUGCUUAACGUGGCAUUCUCCCCCGACGACACGCACUUCGUGUCCAGUUCCUCGGACAAAAGCGUUAAGGUGUGGGACGUCAGUUCCAGGACCUGCGUGAACACGUUCUUCGACCACCAGGACCAGGUGUGGAGUGUUAACUACAACGGCGAUGGAUCCAAAAUCAUCUCGGCAGGGGAUGACCGCGCCAUCCACAUUUACGACUGUCCCAUGUGACCUCAGACCCAGGCGCAGUGGGUCACCAGCCCCCCCCCCCUUGCAGGCAGCCAAGAAGCAGUUUUUUUUUAAGAUUUCAUUUUCAUUUGUUUUAUGUUCCCUUCUGUGGCUCCAAAAGGGACAAACUAAAUAAAUCUAAUAUUUUUUA